CUCUUGCUAUCGACAACUUCCGGAAUUCGAAGUGUCCCUUCCCGUGCUCCGUUGCACAACCCCAGAAAGUUUAAAAGUAGAAACGGCCUGCGUUCCUGUUUUUAACGCUCGAUCGCGGAUACCUCUCGAGCCUCCACCCAUUCACCGUCACUCACGUUCCUUCCCCUCGCUGAAAAAAUGAUACCUGAUUUUUCACUUGAUAAGACGAUAGGGGCGGCGUUCAUCGGUGUCGUCGUUGCAGCAAUUCUGCAUGGUGUCUCAUGUGUCCAAGCCUGGUAUUAUUUUACGCACCAACAUGACCAGUGGCCACUAAAGUCGAUCGUUACGGCUGUUAUAGUACUUGAUACAGUGCAUCAGGUGCUUAUAUUUCAUACCGUCUAUUCGUAUCUUGUCGGUCAUUAUGGCGAUGAAACCGAACUUCAAAAGACCGUUUGGAGUCUCCUGGCUGAGGUUUUAUUGAAUGGGUUCACGGCAUUUCUUGUUCAGAGCUUCCUCGCUCUACGUGUUUGGCGUUUGAGCAGCGAAAAUUUUGUUGUCACGGCCAUCGUCGCGUUAUUGGUCAUCGCCGAAUUUGGGUGCAUUAUCGCGUUUGGAACUUUAGCCCUGAUCCACGUCCAUACCUUUGUUGAACUCGCCCGUCUCAAGUACCUCUCCAUCAGCGUCAAUGCCCUUGCCGCUGCUGGAGACGUUUUCAUUGCUGGCACUCUUUGUCUUCUUCUCCACCGUUCCAGGACUGGAUUCCAAAAUAGUGACACCAUGAUCAAUAAACUUAUCCUUUUCGCGGUCAACACCGGCCUCCUCACAAGUCUUUGUGCCGUUGCGUCCUUAAUUUCUAUAUUAACCGCGCCCAAUACGUUCAUCUACAUUACGUUUUUCUUCUGCAUGGGUCGAUUAUACUCAAACUCCCUCCUCGCGACGCUGAACGCCCGCAAGCGGAUCCGCACCGCUGCCGAAGGUAUCAACACCUGUGGCGAAAUCGGCUUCUCGUUAAACGACAUCUCCAAAGUGUCCACGUUCUCGUCUCAUCGUGGAUCGAGUAUAUCCAUCAAAAUUGACACGACUAAAGAGUUCUCGAGCGAUGUGGGUCAUAAUGUUGUCCUGGCUGGACCGCCUACGGAAAAUGGAUUGCCGGAUACUUUGAGCUCCAAGGCGAGCUGUGCCUUUCAAGAGAUGAUUGACGUUGCUUAAGAUUGAGGGCGGAUCUUCUUGUACGCUGUUUCAUGCGUUACCAUCGUUUUUGUUUCCUAUCUUCACGCUUUAAGUUUCUGCUUUCCUUUCACAUUCCAUUUAUGUAGUAGUAGCCGGAAAAGGAUCCCUAAAAGUGAAUAGUCUUAAUUUCGUACGGUUAUUAGUUUCUAAUGACAAAUUGUAGUUUUGACCGGUUCAUUACUCAAUCAAAC